AUGGACCUUCACAGCCUGCACAAGUCGCUGGUGACAGCCUUCUCGUCAUCUAAGUCCAAACAGGACGAGGUGCGAUCCCUUCUCACGAAACUCAAAAUCGCGCUUACAGAACAUAACCUCCUCGUGCCCUCCGCGUCGUCCUCCAGUUCAUCCUCCGACCUGCCUUUGGCGCGAGAAGUCCUCGAGAUCGGUGCCUUCUACUCGGUGCGCAUUGGCGACAUUGCCGCGUUUGAUCGAUACAUUUCCCUCCUCACACCCUUCUACGAUGCCUCACUCUCCCCUUCGUCCAACUACGAGCCGCUUCUCGGGCUGCGACUGCUCCGCCUUCUCAGCUCGAACCAGAUCUCGGCGUUCCACACGCUCAUCGAGACCCUGCCCACAGACCUGGUCAACUCGUCCAAGUACCUCCAGCACCCGGUCAGCCUCGAACGCUGGCUCAUGGAAGGGUCCUAUUCCAAAGUAUGGCGUCUCUCCCGCGAAACCCCGCCCCAGGACGAAUACCGUUUCUUCGUAGACCUCCUCAUGGACAUGAUCCGAAACGAGAUCGCAUCGUGCGAAGAAAAGGCAUACGACUCCCUCGCACUCCAUGAUGCCGCCACACUGCUGUUCUUCGAAAACCUCGAUCAGGUGUUGGGCUUCGCAAAGACCCGAGGUUGGCAGGUCAACCCAAAGACCCAGGUCGUGAGCUUUGCAUCACUCAACACGGCAGCUGCCGAGACAAAGAUUCCGAAAAAGGCAACCAUCGCGAGCAAUUUGACCUUUGCAAAGGAGCUCGAGAGCAUUGUUUAG